AUGGCGCUAGCCGCCGCGGCCGCGGCCGCCGCCGCCGGGGUGAGCCAGGCGGCUGUGCUGGGCUUCCUGCUGGAGCAUGGAGGCAAGGUGCGCAACUCCGAUCUGCUGAGCCGCUUCAAGCCCCUGCUGGAUGCAGGCGACCCCCGCGGCCGCGCCGCCCGCAGGGACCGCUUCAAGCAAUUUGUCAACGACGUGGCUGUGGUGAAGGAGCUCGACGGCGUCAAGUUCGUGGUGCUGAAGAAGAAGCUGCGGCCCGGAGGGGCCCCAGAGCCCCUGCCCUCGUGCGUCCCCGGCACGCUCGGGGCACUAGCCCUGCCUUCGAAGAUCACUUCCGUCUCACAGUGGGAACCGGCUGACCCGGGGGCUCCAUCCCCGGCCGCGGCGCAGCAGGCGGUGGAACCACCUGAGGACCUGGCCCCGCCGGUAGAGCCACAGGACACGCCGGGGGCUCCGGCCUCAGAGCCCACUCAGCCGGCCGGGGAGGUGUUGUUAGGUCCGGCUCAGCAGUCAGGGGCGCCCUCAGACGCCCAGAUUUCAGGCUUUGAGCUGGCCCUGCCCCCCAAGGGACUCCCUACAGAUGUGACCCCGCCGUCUAGGUCGCGGUCGGUGGAGGCCUUGCCCCACGCAGAGGCGCGGGCCCCGGAACCUUGGCGUGGGGCGACGAAAGAAGAGCCAGCACCGGGUCGGCACGCGCAGCCGCCUCCGAAGCCCUGCAUGCUGCCUGUGCGCUGCGUCCCAGGCCCCGCCGCGCUCCGGAUCCGGGCCGAGGAGCCGGGCCUGCGCCGGCAGCUGUCGGAAGAGCCGAGCCCGCGGAGCUCCCCGCUGCUGCUGCGGCGGCUGUCAGUGGAAGAGUCUGGCCUGGGGCUCAGCCUGGGCCCGGGCCGCUCCCCGCACCUGAGGCGCCUGUCGCGCGCAGGCCCGCGCCUGCUGAGUCCGGACGCGGACGAAGCGCCCGCCGCGCCGCCACCGUCUGCUGUGCCCCUGGAGCCGACCGAGCACGAGUGGCUAGUGCGGGCGUCUGGGGGCUGCUGGACCCACCAGCUGCACGGGCUGCUGCUGCGCGACAGCGGCCUGGCGGCCAAGCGCGACUUCAUAUCUGGCUUCACGGCCCUGCAUUGGGCCGCCAAGAGCGGCGACCGCGAGAUGGCGCUGCAGCUGGUGGAGGUCGCGCGACGCGGGGGCGCGCCGGUGGACGUGAACGCGCGCUCGCAUGGCGGCUACACGCCGCUGCACCUGGCGGCUCUGCAUGGCCACGAGGACGCCGCCGUGACGCUGGUGGUGCGCCUGGGUGCGCAGGUGCACGUGCGUGACCACAGCGGACGGCGCGCCUACCAGUACCUGCCGCCCGGUGCCUCGUACGCGCUUCGCCGCCUCCUCGGCGACCCCUGCCUUCGAGGCUCUACCGAGGCAGACGUCACCGGUGCUGGUGGUGGCACUUUUGCGGCCCGGCGCCCAGUGCAAGUGGCCGCCACCAUCCUCAGUUCCACCACCAGCGCGUUUCUGGGUGUCCUCGCCGAUGAUCUGAUGCUCCAAGACCUGGCUCGAGGCAUGAGGAAGUCGGGCUCCUUUAGCAAGUUCUUGGGUGCCUCGCCCAUGGCUCCACGUAAAAAGAGUAAGGCCCGCAGUAGCCUGCCGGCUUUUUCAGAAAUCUCUCGUCGAUCUACUCCAGGACCCUUGGCUGGUCUAGUGCCCGGCCUACCCCCCACAACCUGA